AUGUUUGCUAGAAUUCUAAUCGCCGGCGCGGUGCUGAUCGCCUCGCUGGCCUACUUCCUCUCAGGAGGCGCAGAUCUCCCUCAGCGUCCGCCCUACAUCCAGGGCAAGAACAAGACCGUUCUGUUUCUCGCUAAUGAACACCAUGGGUUUUCCAAUGCGCACAUGGCGACCGCUUACGCGCUGCUCGAGAACUUCCCAGACCUCGAUGUCCAUUUCGCUUCUUUCCCAAAGCUCCGCAGCACGAUUGAACGCAUUUCAUCAUCUGCCAGGGCUAAGACUCCGGCAGCUCAUGAUAUCACCUUCCACAGCUUGAAGGGAAUAUCCUUUGCCGACUCAUGCGAGAAGGAGUCGGCGGCUAGGUAUCCCGGCUGGGAGUCGCAGGAUGUCAUGAUGGGACCGCCGGGGCUUGCUGGUCUUCAGAAGAUGACUCGGGAUUUUCAGUGGUUGAUCUCGCCAUGGACUGUUGAGGAACACCUGGCCCUAUAUGAAGAGAUUGGACGUGUGAUUGACGAGGUCGAUCCCGCUGUUAUUGUAAACGAGGUGUUUAUGCGACCGGCAUUUGACGCGACGAGAGACAAAAACCGACAGCAUGCUGUAAUCACCCCAAAUACCGUCCUAGAUAACUUUGUGGGGGACCAGCCGCACGGGAGUGCUCUCUGGAAAUUCCCUGCCCAGUCAUCAGGGAUCGAAUUCCCUGUGCCCCUACGCAGGAUACCAGAGAACAUCUACCUCAAUAUCCGCAUGAUCAGUUCCAUCCUGUACACACCCGGGAUCUCUGCCAAAAAGGCUGCGCUCAGAGAAAAGGGCUUGAAGGAACCGAUCAAUUUCCUUGGCCUUCACCGGCCUGAUGUUCCGUGGAUCACUAUGGAUACAGAGGGCGCAGCCAUCCCAGUCGACUUCAUCCCGACCAACGUCACCCGCGCAGGACCAAUCCUGGUUGACAACGCGCCUGUGUCAGAGCAAGAUCCAGAGUUGGCACAAUGGCUCAAGCAAGCACCGACAAUCCUUUUCAGCCCUGGUAGCUAUUUUCGCGUCGAAGAGGAGCGCGCUUGGGUCAUCGCCGCUGCCCUGGCGGACGUCCUGGCAAAAACCCAAGUUCAAAUUAUAUGGAAAAUAAAGAAGCGAGGUGAAUAUUCGGACGAGUUUCUGAAGCCACUGCAGCCGUACAUCGACGAGGGCCGGGUGAGGGUGACGAAGUGGCUUACCGCAGACCUAUAUUCCAUUCUCCAGACUGGGGACAUCAUCGCCUCUGUCCACCACGGAGGGUCAAACUGUUACCAUGAAGCUAUAGCCGCUGGUGUGGCCCAGGUUGUUUUGCCAAUGUGGUAUGACACAUACAACUUUGCUUCGCUGACCGAAAUGGCCGGGGUUGGGGUUUGGGGCUGCAAGAAGACCAGCCCACAGUGGACAGUGGAUGAUCUCAGUGCCUCGAUGCUGAAAGUCAUCGGCAAUGACGAGACAGGCAUCAAGAUACGUGAGACUGCGAAGCAGCUGGGAGAAAAGGUCAGAUCAAGGGAGAAAGGACGCGACAUCGCGGCGCGGGAAGUUGCGAAACUAGCCUAUAUCAAAUAA